AUGAUCGCUCGCCGAUCGGAAUCGCCAUGGGACGCUUUUGUAAAGGUGUAUGAUUGUGAUCUUGCUGGGCUUUUCGCGGUAGUCGUUCACCGUGCUCACCCUUUGCGGCUCCUUGGCAUCAGAACAAUUCGUGGGAGGGAUAAUAAUGAUUUGAUGACUCUAUUCCGAUCACUGAAGCAUCCCAACCUUCUCUUACCCCAGGAGACUUUUAUAUGGGAUGGGGCAUUUUACCUCCUUCAUGGCGACAUCUCCACCUCGCUAGAUCACAUUAUUACCUGUGAUGCCAGUCUUGAUGAAAUUCAGCUUGCAACUAUUCUCGCUCAGAUUUUGGAUGGUCUGAUCUAUCUCGAACAACAACACCUUGUAUACCCUUACUUGAGUCCUGAGAAUAUUCUUCUAACGGCUUCGGGAGAAGUGAAGAUUGCCCGCUUAGAAGAAUGCGACAAAAUGGAGGAAGGCCGGAUCGGACAAUACACCGAACCAUUAAGGGCGAUCACAGUGGAGCUGAUGCAAUGGUAUCAGGAAGUGGACACGAGGGUGGGGGUAGAUGAUGUUCAACAAUCCCCUUCUGGUAGUGAUGCUUUGGACUUUCUUUCGUCUAUUGACUCACAGAUGUCAAUUCAAAUGCUACGAAAGCGUCCGCUCUUCGUCAACCACCACUGGGAGAAGGGCUAUCUUCGGGGGUUAGUUUCUUAUGCCUCACGUUCGGUAUUUGCGUUCUGUACUUAUCGUAACACCUGA